UUGCAUGACAAGUUUUGUUUCCAGGCUGUUGGUAAACAUGAGCUUGCACCACCGAAAACCUCAGAUUGGCCAGCUAUCAAGGCCGAUUGGAAGAAGGUUACACAGUUCAUUCAAACAAAACAGUACAAGCAACUAACUGUUCGGGAGGCUCUCGUGUACACUGCUGUCGGAAUGGAGGUCAUUUUCUGGUUCUUUGUUGGUGAAAUGAUCGGACGUCGGUAUAUUCCUGGUUAUCUGGUACCACCUGAUUACGUUUCGAAGGAGACACGUAAGAAGGUGAAGGCGCUGGAAAGAGAGGCCAGGGAAAGAGAAAGAGCUCUCCACUGA